AUGGCAAACUCUACCGUCGAUAUGAUGCCUGGUGGGUUGGAGAGUGACGAAGAAUCCUCACCUUUCGAAACCUCAGUAAUCAUACCGAAUAGUGUCCUCAAUGCUCUACUGAUACCAAUAUGCAUCGCUGGCAAUGUUUUGGUACUAGCCGCCGUACCGAAAAAUCCAUCCCUACACACUCCGUCUACCAUUUUGCUGUCCAGUCUUGCUGUUUCUGAUCUUUUCGUUGGGUUUCCUGUUCUUCCAGUUAACAUUGCCAUCGCCCUUAUAACGCUUUCUCGGAACAGUUCUUACUCACGUCUGUCACAAGCAAGGAUCUUCCUCAAUAUUCAACUCUGCUGUGUUUCCCUUGAAACAAUGACAGCCAUCAGCAUGGAUCGAUAUUUGGCCCUACGAUAUCACAUGCGAUAUCCGAAUUCGAUGACCUCUAAACGUGCAAUGUACGUAGCAGCAACAUUUUGGUGUAAAAACGUCAUUUUAUCACUGCUUAGCAUUUGGAAGAAAAAUACUAUUCUUCUUGUUGCAGUUGUCUUUGUUGCCUUAUGUCUUUUCAUUUCUUCAAUUACUUACAAUGCAAUUUAUCGAAUCGUUCGACACCAUCAACAUCAGAUUCACACCCAACAGCAAGCCGUACAAAGUAUGAACGCGGAACAAAAUCUCAAGAUACAAGGGAAGAAACGCGCUCUAAACACAUUUAUAUAUUACAUUUGUAUGCUUCUUUGUUAUUUUCCAGCGGCUGUCUCCGCCAUAAUUUGGGUGAAUUAUAAAGAACAUUGGAACAUCAGAUGGUAUUUUACCGACACUAUUACGUGCAUGAACUCCGCUAUAAAUCCAUUCUUGUAUUUUUGGCGUAAUCGGGAAGUCCGGGAAGCAGUUUUGAAGUUAGUACGAAAAAGGUUAUGUAAAACAGAUGAGGUGGUUCAUAUGUGA